ACAAGAUUCAAACUAGUGGUCUUUCCCCGAUGCUUUGCAAUUGCAACGGUUUCGUGUGUGUGUGCGCGAAGAGGGCAUAUUCUCUGUUUUUGUCGGACUCCGGGCAUCGGACGCUGAGCGGGACGCACCGGGCAACAACAGGACACAUUGCAGGAGGAUAUGUGAAGUUGGAAUCCUACUAAACUAAUGUUGUGAAGUGGCUCUGUCCCUGGAGCCAAGACUUCAUCCCUUUGGUGUCAGCAAGGAUGCUGUGGGUUACCUUGCUGAGCACCAUAGCCUUAGGAUGGACCACGCCGAUCCCACUACUGGAGGACUCAGAGGAGAUCGACGAGCCCUGCUUCGAGCCCUGCUACUGCGAGGUCAAAGAGGGCAUCUUCCACGUCCACUGUGACAAUAAAGGAUUUACAAAUAUCAGCCAGAUCUCCCAGAUAUGGAGCCGGCCCUUCAAGCUCAACCUGCAGAGAAACUCCAUGAGGAAGCUUUACUUUAACAGCUUCCUCCACCUUAACAAUGCCAUAUCCAUUAAUCUGGGCAACAACGCCUUGCAAGAUAUUCACGCCGGAGCGUUCAAUGGCUUAGGAAUACUCAAACGGCUGUUCCUGCAUGAAAACAAACUAGAAGUUUUCCGGAAUGACACUUUCCUGGGCUUGGAUAGUUUAGAGUAUCUCCAGGCAGAUUACAAUGUUAUCAAAAGGAUUGAAAGUGGUGCAUUCAGACACCUUCACAAAUUGAGAGUACUUAUAUUAAAUGACAAUCUGAUCCCUGUGCUCCCAAAUUAUCUUUUUCGGUCUGUGUCACUCACACAUCUGGACUUGAGAGGAAACAGACUAAAGACAUUGCCAUACAAGGGCACACUGGAGUAUAUUGGGAGGAGCUUAAUGGAAAUCCAGCUAGAGGAGAACCCCUGGAACUGUGUCUGUGAAAUUGUCCAGUUAAAAACAUGGCUGGAGAGAAUUCCCUAUACAGCUUUAGUGGGUGAAAUCACAUGUGAAUAUCCCUUCCACUUACAUGGGAAAGACUUAAGGGAAAUCAAACGCAGUGAGCUCUGUCCUUUGCUCUCGGAUGCAGAGAUAGAGGCCAAGCUGGGAAUUCCCAGGAUUCCAUUCAACAAUGAGAACACAUGGCCUACUAAACCUUCCUCAAUGCUCUCCUCCUUUCACAACACAGCCUCUUCUGUGGAAUACAAGGAAAGAGUUGUAAAACCCACCAAACGACCUCGGCCCACAAAGAACCCCCCAACUCCUCGUAGCAUCUACCCAGGCAUCAACCAGCCCCCAAUUGCAGGUUAUCAAACAAGGCCUCCUAUUCCAAUAAUUUGCCCUGCUGGAUGUAUUUGCAAUCUUCAUAUCAAUGACCUGGGGCUAACGGUAAACUGUAAAGAGAAAAGCUUUCAUAACAUCUCAGAGCUUCUUCCACGGCCCCUCAAUGCCAAGAAAUUGUAUCUCAGUGGAAACCUAAUACAGAAGAUCUAUCGUUCUGAUUUCUGGAACUUCUCAAGUUUGGAUUUAUUGCAUUUAGGUAACAAUCGGAUAUCUUAUGUCCAGGAAGGCGCCUUUAUCAACCUACCAAACUUGAAAAGUUUAUAUUUGAAUGGGAAUGACAUUGAGAGACUCACCCCUGGGAUGUUUCGGGGGCUUCAUAUGUUGAGUUAUCUUUACUUUGAGUAUAAUGUCAUUCGUGAAAUACAGCCUCAUUCCUUUUCCCUGAUGCCAAAUCUCCAGCUGGUUUUUCUCAAUGACAACUUGUUGCGUUCCCUCCCCACUGAUGCCUUUGCUGGAACCAACCUUGCACGUCUCAACCUCCGCAACAAUUACUUCCUUUCCUUGCCCGUGCAUGGUGUACUGGAGCAUCUGACCUCAAUUGUCCAGAUUGAUCUCCAUCAGAACCCCUGGGACUGCUCCUGUGAUAUCAUUCCCCUCAAACAGUGGUUGGAAAAGCUCUCCUCUGUUAUUAUAGUUGGAGAUGUCAUCUGUAAGACACCAGAGUUUGCUUUUGGGAAGGAUCUGCGUUCACUUGAGGUUGAAGUCAUCUGUCCUGAGCUUAAAUAUUCUUCAGGCCCAUCCCCAGCUCUGCCUGGUGGGAAUGACUUCACCACAGGAAGCUCUGACAUGGGGGUGGCAGGUGGGAGAGGUGCUGUCCCACUGUCUGUCCUCAUCCUUAGCCUACUAAUCCUCUUCAUAUCUGCUGUGUUUGUGGCUGCUGGGCUUUUUGCUUUUGUUCUUCGUCGCCGGAAAAAGUUGCCCUUCCGGAAACGUUCUGAGGUAGAUCUGACAGGGAUCCAAAUGCAAUGCAGAAUUUUUGAGGACCCACCAAGGCAAAGCAGUUCCGGGAACACUGGCACACCAGAGAAACCUACGCAGAGUAUGCACACACACACCCAUGCUAGUCACACACAUGCUCAUGGCCACGUCUAUGAUUACAUCCCUCAUCCUGUGACUCAGAUGUGUAACAACCCCAUUUAUAAACCUAGAGAAGGGGAGAUAGCAGAGGAGGAGAGAGCACAGUUUUCCGAGAAGAAAGACAAUGGGAGCAGUAGCAACAGUAACUACAGAACCUUAUUAGAAAAAGAGAGAGAGUGGACCCUGGCUGUCUCCAACUCUCAGCUAAACACCAUUGUUACAGUCAACCACACCACGGCUGACAUGGCAGGAUUUCAUGAGAAUGGAGGGCUCUGCCCAACAGUGAUUGACAGUCAGAGGCCCACACCUACUGUUGGUUUUGUAGACUGUUUGUAUGGGACAGUACCCAAAUUAAAGGACAUGCAUGUGGCGCAUGCACACCCACCAGGCAUGCAGUACCCUGAUUUGCAGCAGGAUGCACGGCUAAAGGAGACGUUGCUUUUCACAGCGGGGAAAGGUUGCUACCCUGACCCAUCCCAAAGUGAUUACCUUGAGUUGAGGGCCAAACUUCAAACCAAGCCGGAUUACCUCGAAGUCUUGGAAAAGUCCUAUCGGUUUUAACAUCUCUAGCCCAUGGACAAAAAAAAAGACACAACGUCAACUUAUUCACUUUGCCACCCUCAAAACGAACUCACUCAAAAUCCAUGUUAAAAAAACGAAACAAUACAAGCAUAAAAAAACCAACUUGAAAAUGCAGCAUGAUAUAAAAUAAAAUAUUAUAUUACAGUCACAAUGUUUCCCCCCCAAAUCACUUUGGAGGAGAGGCCAUUCUCAGAUAAUUCAAUUAAGUGCCUUUUUUUCAGAGUAGCCAGCAAUGUCAACAGCCGUUAUUUUUAUAAUAUAUAAAUAUCUCAAUAAGCCCACGAGAGAGGAAAAGAGAAACAAGAGGGGCACUGGGGAAUAAAACAUACAAACCAUCCUACAUCUGUCACUAAAAUCCAUUUUUAUGGAAUUACAUGAUGCUGUACCAGAUUCACUGAAGACGCACGGGAGCUGGACGUCUCCCUGAUUUUGGGGUUUUUCUUUCUCUCUUUUACCCCUGACUAGGAUGUACAAACACCCGGAGGCCGUGCACAUUAAGUUUGUAGGAAAUGAUCAAAAGAGAGAAAAAAGAAUAUAUAUACAUAUAUAUAUAUAUUAAAAUGAACUGCAGUUUGCUGCAUGCACUUGCUUCGGUGCAGGAAGUGAGAGGAUUUUCUCAGAACUAUCCAAUGACAUUAUGAACAGAGAUACUGCAACGCAUUUACAGUUCAGUGUUCUAUUUAAUUUUUAUAUCUUAUUAAUAUGGUUAUUACUAUUAAUGAGGACUUCUGUCUAUAUCAGGGUGCUUCUCGUAAAAAGGAUGCGCCGACGCACGGAUGGCAAAAACAUUUGUGAAUAUUACUAUAAGACAAUGCCGAAGGUUUUCUGGAUAUUUCCACACACUUUGUUAAGACCCACCCCUUCUCCCCCUUCUCCCCAACCCCCCACCCCACCCCUCCAUUACUUCUGGAUUCCCCAUCGCCACCCACUAACGGCUUUGUAGGAGGCACUUUUAAUGUUUUCUCUCUCACAAAGAUUUGAAGAAAAAUGUGCAUAUAUUUAUUCUGUAAUUUCAGUGAAGAAUUUAAUUGUAAAGGUAAUGUUAAAUCAGUGUAUAGUGAUUAUGCGUCUGGUAUAGCCUUCUUAAUAAAAACAAACUCUUCA